AAAAAAAAACCUGUGUCCCAAGUAGUCGUCUGUUUUCGAAACUUGGACUCAAUUUACAUUUGGUUUCAUUUUCCCCCAAGGCCCAAGCUUUACGUGAGCAGCGGGGCUGCCUCUUCGGCACGUGCCAAACGCGUGACUCUCACGGUCCGUACACGCCUCAACCGUGCCAACCCAUAAACUGAGGCACGUAUGCAACCUGCACACGCGUGAGAAACCCUAGCCCUCGCACGCUCGCACACGCCUCCGAUCUCUCUCCCCUCUUCGCCGGUAAUCCCUGAACCCCAUCACUGUCCUACUCUAUCCGCCGUUCCACUCUCGCCGGAGCUUCGGCAUUCUCUCCUUCCGGUUUCAUUCGGUUCUUUCCGGUUACUCCGCUUCGGUAUAUUCCCCGGAACAUUCUCUCUUUCGGCGAAGCGACGCCAUAUACAGAUCUGUUCUUUCUCAUCAAAUAUUGAAUUUUAGAGUUAGGUUUCGGAAGAGAAAAUUGAGAUUCGUUCUUCAAAAGCUUCAUAUGCAGAACGUCAAAACACUACACAUAUAUACGUUUGUAUGUAUGAGCUUUGGCUGAAGAAAGGACAUGGGAAGUUGCAGAGAAAACGGCGACUUUCAAGAUUUCGCUGUCUCAGAUUGUAAAAGACUCGGAAAUUAUACUUUGUUAACCUGACACUUCUAGGGUUGUAAGAGUUCUGCAUUACAGAGAGAGAAGGGAAGGGGUAAUUAUGGCGACAGAGAUACAGAGAUUCGGUACAAGUGAAGAAGAUGAUGAAGAAAUGGGGAUGGAUGUGAAAGAAGAAGACUACGGUGAUGACGACGACGACGAUAAGCAUAUUGCAACACCAACAAUGGUAAGUAUUGAUGGAGGAAGUGCAGCAACCAGUAGUAGCAAUCUGUUUCAACGUCACCAGCAAUUUCAAGAGCAUUCAGCUUCCCAAGGGGCUCGAAGGUGUAGACCAAUGGAAGAAAAAGAGAGAACAAAGAUGAGAGAGCGUCAGCGGAGGGCAAUAACUGCAAAGAUCUUGGCAGGGCUUCGAAGGCAUGGAAACUAUAAUUUAAGGGUUAGAGCUGAUAUUAACGAUGUGAUUGCGGCUCUGGCGAGGGAAGCUGGUUGGGUUGUCCUUCCUGAUGGAACAACCUUUCCUUCCAGAUCACAGGAUACAAGAACUACCGGUGGUAUGUCUACUACAGUGGUGACUUCAUCAUCUUCCCAUAUGUCUCUGGAACAGCCCCCCCCAGCUUCCAUGAAAGGAAUCUCUUCUGGCCAUCAGAGUUUUGUGGAGUAUAAUGCUAGCAUGAAAAGUGUUUUUGUGCCCACCUCAUCCCCUUAUGAUGUAUCCUCAAGUGCUCGGUCUCAGACUUCAGGUUUCUUGGGAGAUGAAGGAAUAGAGAAUCAUCCUCUAGUUGGGGGCUCCAUGGAUACUGUUGAUAACAAACAGGUGGUUGGCAUGACCACAAAGUUACCGGAGCGCGAUUUUGCCGGCACUUCAUAUGUUCCAGUUUAUGUAAUGCUACCAUUGGGUGUCAUAAACAUGAAGUGCGAGCUUGUUGACCCAGAUGGCCUACUAAAGCAACUAAGGGUCUUGAAAUCGAUUAAUGUUGAUGGGGUGAUGGUUGCUUGCUGGUGGGGUAUAGUAGAAGCACAUGCCCCACAGGAGUAUAAUUGGAAUGGUUACAGGAGGCUGUUUCAGAUUGUUCGUGAGCUCAAGCUCAAGUUACAGGUUGUAAUGUCCUUCCAUGAAUGUGGAGGCAAUGUCGGUGAUGAUGUUUGUAUUCCGCUGCCUCAUUGGGUGGCAGAAAUUGGUCGAAGCAAUCCUGACAUAUUUUUCACAGAUAGAGAGGGAAGACGUAACUCUGAAUGUUUGUCAUGGGGGAUUGACAAGGAACGUGUUCUAAGGGGGCGGACUGCUGUAGAGGUUUACUUUGAUUACAUGAGAAGCUUUCGGGUUGAAUUUGACGAGUUCUUUGAGGAUGGUUUUAUCUCCAUGAUUGAAGUUGGACUAGGUCCUUGUGGCGAACUACGAUACCCAUCUACUCCUAUAAAGCAUGGUUGGAGAUAUCCAGGCAUUGGUGAAUUCCAGUGUUAUGAUCAAUAUUUGUUGAAAAGCCUUAGGAAGGCAGCUGAAGCAAGGGGACACUCCUUUUGGGCACGAGUACCAGAUAAUGCAGGUUCCUACAAUUCCCGGCCACAGGACACUGGAUUUUUUUGUGGUGGAGGUGAUUAUGAUGGCUAUUAUGGCAGGUUCUUUCUCAAUUGGUACACCCAGGUUUUGGUUGACCAUGGAGAUAGGGUACUUUCUCUGGCCAAGUUAGCUUUUGAUGGCACUUGCAUUGCUGCAAAGCUAUCAGGUAUCCACUGGUGGUACAAGACAGCCAGUCAUGCUGCUGAAUUAACAGCUGGGAUUUACAACUCGUGUAAUCGUGAUGGUUAUGCUUCAACUAUAGCAUUGUUAAAGAAGCAUGGAGUUGCCCUUAACUUCACAUGUGCUGAAUUGGGCAUCUACGACCACAUCGACCAGCAUGUGGACUUCUCCGAGGCACUGGCAGAUCCUGAGGGGUUAGCUUGGCAAGUGCUAAAUGCUGCAUGGGAUGUUUGCAUACCAGUUGCUAGUGAAAAUGUGCUUCCCUGCCAUGACAGGGGAGGCUAUAAUAGUAUAUUGGAGAAGGCAAAACCCUUGAAUGAUCCCGAUGGGAGACAUUUUUCUGUUUUUAACUACCUCAGGCUCAGCCCACUUCUCUUGGAAAGACACAACUUCAUGGAGUUUGAACGAUUUGUGAAGAGAAUGCACGGGGCUCGGGAAAAUUAUAUCAUGGGUGGACUUCUUUUUCUGUAGAGAGGGGGAAGCAGUUCUUGAUAUCCAGUCAUAGUUCAAAGGAAGAAAGGAUUUCCAAUGUGUUCCAAUUCCAUUACUCUUCCGCACAAGAAGCUUGUUGAGGAUCACUUAUAUGUCUAAACUCUGGAUACCACGCCUUUGCAAAUGAAUUGGCAAAAGAAAGGCAGCCAUUUUCUGUAGAACCGAUUUUUGCAGUGUCUGCUAACUUACUAUACCAUGCAUGUUAAUCUGGCCGAAUAUCUGAAGAUGCAUUUUAAAAAAUAAUUGUUAAUUCAUCAGUGAGAGCAUGAACGAAGGGAAGUUUUUUGUCUAAGCUCUACAUGUUGCAAAGUGGCUGAAAGUAGGUAGGGCGGUGCCGACUGGCCGGAUUUGAAGACGGCGGUAUAUUUUACAGGUAACAUAGGUGUAUUUGUGCAGUAGCAAGUAUUUGUUUGUGCAAAAAUUUUAUUUUUUUCACAUUCCCCAUCCCAAGUGGAAGGAAUUAUUUUGAAUUAAUAGUUGUUGUAUAACCCAUGUGGUUCUAGGAAAUUUCUUUUGUACAACUGACCAUUUUGGAUUCAAAAUUAAACUAUUUAUACAUGAAAAUAUUUUCCUAUGAAAA